GUCAUGUCUGCUAUCCUUCUGCUUGGCACACUGCUGCUGGCUGUUUUAUCAAAUACUUUUGCUCAAUCCAAUGAACUGGACAAUCCUCUUCCUUCCUAUUCAUUGCAGGCUCCUUAUCUCGAAGAUACUCUUUCCAAUCCGUUAUGGGAUUUUGGUGGCGAUGCAAUGAUGGAAGUGAACCGAUACGUUCGGCUUACAACAGAUGCUCGCAGCCAAUCUGGAUGGCUAUGGUCCAAAACACCCAUGACUCACUCCUCUUGGAUGAUUGAAUUUCAAUUCAAGGUAGCUUAUGACGGUGGUAUCAGUGGUGAUGGAUUUGCGUUUUGGUAUACAACCGAGCGUGCUCAAGAAGGUCCUGUCUUUGGAGGAAAGGAUAAAUUUAACGGUCUUGGUUUAUUCUUUGAUACAUAUGCCAAUAGCAAAGUCAAGCAUGUUUUUCCUUAUGUGAUGGCAAUGAUUGGAGAUGGCAAAAAGGAGUACGAUCACGAUUUUGAUGGAAACAAUGCUGAUAUCGGCGGAUGUCAUGCAGAGUUUCGUAAUCGCGAGCAUAUUACCAAAGCCCGUGUCAAGUAUACGGAAAGUGGUCAUUUGCAGCUGGAUUUGAACAUUAUCGGGGAUGAUCAAUGGACUACAUGUCUCAAGGUGGAUAACGUUAAGCUUCCAAAACAAGGAUUUUUUGGAUUUUCUGCAUUGACUGGAGCUGUAUCUUCAAGCCACGAUAUUAUUGAAAUCUCUACAUAUGGAGUAUCCAACGGAUCUGGAGGAAAUAAUGCCACUACAGGAAGCAUGCCUGCUUCUCAUAAAGACGACUAUAAUUCCAACAAACCUACUAAUCAAGGCAGCACCAAGCCUGAAUGGACACGCGAGCAGCAGAAAAAGGCUACGCAAGAGUCGAGAGGUUGGUCUGCGACAAUGAUCAUCCUUAUUAUUUUUGUUGGAGUAGUAGUGGGAUAUGCAGGAUGGGUUAUAUACAAAACUUCAAAGGCAAACAGCUACAAAAGGUUCUAAACCUCGAUCGCUAUUGUCAAUAUCUGAGUUUAUGGAUGUUUUUGUUUUGUUGCGACAGUAAGGGUUAAUGCUUGUUCCGCCGAGAUUGAUACUAUUGGUGACUUUAUAGUGCCAGUCAUGGGCUUGGCAUAAAAAAUGGAAAUAAACGCUUUACAGUUCAAAGUU